GAGAAAGGGAAGAAAACCUCCGCCCCGAUCGCCGCCAUUAAACUCCCCUUCCCCCAGCCCUAGGAAAGCGCCACCGGAUCCGACCCCCUCCUCGAGGUCCUCCCCCCUCUCUCCCUUUCUCCCCACCUCACGGAACCCCGCCCCCGCCCGCCUUUUAAUAGCUUCGCCCCACAUGCGUGGCGCGAGUGCCGCCGCCUCCCGACGCAGCAGCCGCGGCCGUACCAGCGAUGUCUCGUAGCGGGGUGGAGGUGGUCGCCAGCAGGGGGUGCGCGAGGCUGGUGCUCCCCGGGAUGCACCACAACCCCUCCUCCGCCGCGUCCGUCGCCUCCUCCUCCGCCUCGCGCGGCGGAGCCGCGGCCGCCGCCGCCGAUGGGCCCUUCUCGGGCCUCGUCAUCUGCGUCACCGGGCUGUCCAAAGAGGCGAGGGCUCAGGUGAAGGAGGCCACGGAGCGGCUGGGGGGCGAGUACAGCGGGAGCCUGCACCCCAAGUGCACGCACCUCGUGGUGCAGAACUUUGCUGGGCGCAAGUUCGAGCAUGCCCUGAAGCAUGGUCCGAGGAACGGACUAUUCCUUGUAACUCUGGGUUGGUUUGUUGAUUGCGUGCGGAGAAGCAUGAGGUUGGAUGAAUCCUUGUACGCUAUCAAGAACAUUGGGGAGAAUGGUUUGCCACUUGGGGAGUUCAACCGCUUUAUUGCAGUUACUGUUGACGAGAAGUCUUGCCUUCCGCCGAUGAUUUUUCAAGACAAGGCGUGCUCAGAUGCGACCCGGAAGCAUCCCCCUCAGACUCCUAUGAAAGAAAGUGGCAAUGAUGAGCUGGUUUUUAUGAAUGACACAAUCUACAUUGACCCUGGGAUAUCUGGUGAAAUGAAGAAAAAGAUAUCUGAUGCUGCUACGAGAGAAGGUGCUAAGUUGCUCGAGCACUGGUUUAUAGGUUGUCCUGCCACUUAUGUUGUGUGUGAGGAUGCUUCUAUUAACAGAUAUGCAGGACACUCAGACAACAUUGUAACUCCACUUUGGAUCUUGAAAACAGUGAAGGAAAAAAACUUACAGCGUCUUGUCCAUUUCUCUUCGGACCUAGCUAGGCGUGUUGCCAUGGUUCUGCAAAAUGCCCAGACAUCUGACAAGAAUAGAAAACCUGGGAGUGUUCCUUCUAUAAACUCCAGUGGACGGCCAUCAACCCAAGAGGAGAUUGAUGAGGUUCAUCAAGAGAGGCAACAAUUUGUUGAAGUGGCAAAGAAAGAAGUUCGAGACCGCCGUGCUCGUCGUAUGCAGUCAUGCGAAGUGCCAAUUCAUCCGAUCACACCAGCCACACUUCUGGAUUCAAUCUGCUGGACAAUCUCUGAGCCAACUUCAUCCGCCUCUAUUUAUACGGAUUCUUCAUGGUCUGAUGAUACCAAUGAGCAGCAAGGCACCACUUAUUUUGAUGCAAAUGGGGAUGCGAGGGAUCCAGAUCAACCAACUGAUAAUUUUUCCCGCCCACUGAAAGAAAGUGAGCGAAGUGAGUUGAUCUUCAAGAAUCACUUUCUUACCAUACUCUUCCCUAUUGACCGUUUUGGAGAGCUUGGACCUUCCUCGAAGACGUUCUAUAACCAUGGUGGCUUUACACGUAUACAAGUGCUGGAUCACAUCUACAACUUCUACCAGGAAAACAUGUCAAUGGAUGAGAUAGACAUGGCCUUGCAUACAGAUUCUCGGCACGCUGAUCGACUUCGAUCGUUGUAUUCAAGUGCCGAAUCAGCAGAGAAAGGACUUGUAACUUUUAAAAGAAUAGAGUUCUUAGGAAGCAGAAGAAGUUUUGAGGCACUAAAGCGCCUCAACAGGGAGAAUAAUAGCAAUGUAUAUGAGCUUGUGAUUAGGGCAUGAAUGCACCACACUCAGGUGCCAUUUGGCAAAACUUAUUUGUUACUUUCCAAUAGGAAAAGGAAAAGUCUAUAGUCAGGAAGGAUGUACGUUUGCAGAACAAAGAUGUGGGAAAUAAAUCCAUAGUUUAUUGGAAAUAGCUUUGUCGGAUCUGUAAGGCGCAAACUUGCAAUGUUUCCCCUUUUUAAGCACAGACUUGCAAUGUCA